AUGUUGUCUGACACAGGCGCUUCCAACCUCCCUGGAGAUGUCUCAAACCCGUUCUUAUCAAAGUUCACCAACUCACCCAAGAAAGGGCGUAUGUCCCCCGCUGAGGAGUCCAUCGCAACCCUGAGGGAAGGUAUGGGUCGUAUGGACAUAUCUUCCCGAGGAAACUCUAUGGAUUAUCUACACAUGGAAAGGAAAGAUUCUAAGGAGACUGCCAACAGGAGGGAAUUAGAUAGAUUUGUUCCUUCGAGACCAUCUUCCAUCGCAGCCCACUCCCAUUCAUCGAGCACAUUACCUACCUUGGCUCUGGACGGACAUUCUCCCGAUACAUCAAUGGAUCGAUCAGGCUCAUUAUCAAUGGACCACACUACAUCUUCUCUUUCAGCUACUUUGGGUGUACCUCAGAACAACCGAAGGAUCUUAUCAUUCCGAUCCGCUCCUCCUCCCGCAUCACACGCUACUUCCCACCUCGACGCGCAACGAAACUAUCUCCUGCAUUCGUCGUCAUCAGCCAACCGCGGUACAGGGACCAACGCAGCUGGUAAAGAAGGAAAUAAGAAACGUGCACCGCCCUAUGUGCCAGAGAGGGUAUUGGACGCGCCGGGCUUCGAAGAUGAUUAUUAUUUGAAUUUGAUCGAUUGGUCCUGUUCGAAUAGAGUUGCCAUUGGAUUGGGAGAUACAGGAUACGUAUGGGAUGCUGAGAGCGGGACGGUCAACGCGUUAGGUGGCGGUGAUGAGAGCGAGGAUCGGCCAAAGGUGACCGCAGUUUCAUGGUCCAACGACGGAGCGUACCUUGCUGUAGGUACCGACGCGGGUGAAGUGGAAGUAUGGGACGUGGAAGAAGGCAAGAAAAUGCGUGUGAUGGGUGGACACUCUGCUCGUAUCCCUUCGUUAUCAUGGCAUGGUCACGUCUUGAGUUCAGGUUGUAGAGAUGGAAGUAUUCACCAUCAUGAUGUCAGAGUUGCGAAGCAUAAGGUUAUGGAGCUGAUUGGACAUAAUGCUGAGGUAUGUGGUCUGACUUGGAGAUCGGAUGGUCAAUUCCUUGCUUCGGGAGGUAACGAUAAUGUUGUCAAUUGCUGGGAUGGUCGUAUCGGUGCUUCUGUCCUACAGACUGGCGAAGGUGUACCUCGUGGAGUAGCCAAGUGGACCAAAAGGAAUCAUACUGCAGCAGUGAAGGCCUUGGCAUGGUGUCCCUGGCAAUCAUCCUUGCUAGCAUCAGGUGGAGGAACAGCCGACAAACAUAUUCAUUUCUGGUCAACAUCAACUGGAGCUCGUACUUCCUCUUUGGCCACCACGACUCAAGUAACCUCUCUCACAUUUUCACCUCAUUCAAAAGAGAUUUUGGGAACACACGGAUAUCCAGAUAACACCAUAACGCUUUGGAGUUACCCCUCGUUGGAGAAGAUAUGGGAAGUCCCGGCUCACGAUUCGAGGAUUAUCUGUAGUAGUUUGAGUCCAGAUGGGACGACGGUUUGUACAGGUGCAGGGGAUGAGAAUCUGAAAUUCUGGAAAAUAUGGGAAGUCAAACAGAGUAAGAAAGAUAAAGGUGAUGAAGGUGGGAUGAUCAAUGAUGGGGGAAUGGGUAGGACCAAGAAUACAGUUAGGAUUAGGUAA